AUGUCGAGAUUCAGAGACAGGACGGAGGAUUUUAAGGAUUCUGUAAGGAAAGCUGCUGUUUCGAUUGGUUAUAACGAGUCUAAAGUUGCAUCGACAAUGGCUUCUUUCAUUAUACAUAAACCAAAAGAGAGAUCUCCUUUCACUAGAGCUGCUUUCAAAACGUUGGAAAGCAUCAAGGAGUUGGAUCAGUUUAUGUUGAAGCAUCGAAAGGAUUAUGUUGAUUUGCACCGGACUACCGAACAAGAAAAAGAUAGCAUUGAACAAGAAAUUACUGCUUUUAUUAAAGCUUGUAAAGAACAGAUCGAUAUUCUCAAAAACAGCAUUAGAAAUGAAGAAGCAAACUCCAAAGGAUGGCUUGGACUCGCAGCGGAUAACUUCAAUGCUGAUACUAUAGCACAUAAACAUGGAGUGGUUUUGAUUCUGAGCGAGAAACUUCAUUCUGUCACUGCACAGUUUGACCAGCUUAGAGCUACUCGUUUCCAAGAUAUUAUAAACCGAGCUAUGCCGAGAAGAAAACCUAAUAGGAUCAUAAAGGAAGCUAGUCCAGUUAAUGCAACUCUGCCAAUUCCGGAGUCCGUAGAACCAGAUGAAAUUCGGGCCCAGCCUCGUAGAGUACAACAGCAACUUCUAGACGACGAGACACAAGCCCUUCAGGUAGAGCUAAGUAAUCUUUUAGAUGGUGCUAGGCAAACGGAGACUAAGAUGGUGGAGAUGUCUGCAUUGAACCACUUGAUGGCAACUCAUGUUCUUCAACAAGCCCAACAGAUAGAGUUUCUAUAUGACCAGGCGGUUGAGGCAACGAAGAACGUGGAGCUUGGAAACAAAGAGCUUUCUCAAGCAAUCCAACGUAACAGCAGCAGCAGAACCUUUCUCCUACUAGAGUGUUUUGUUGUAAUGGAGAGUAAUGAUGACCAAAACUUCAAGGCGAUUAAUGCGUCAGUAGGUAGAUUGGUUUGGGUUCGUCGCCGUAACGGUUCUUGGUGGCCUGGUCAGACUCUGGUUCAUGAUGAGGUUCCUGAGAACUCUUUAGUUUCUCCGAAAAUCGGCACUCCUAUAAAGCUUCUAGGUCGUGAUGAUGUUAAUGUGGAUUGGUAUACUCUUGAAAAGUCUAAGACGGUGAAGGCGUUUCGUUGUGGAGAGUACGAUGAUUGCAUUGAGAAAGCAAAGGCUGCUGCUGUUGCAGCAAGCUCUAGUAAUAAGAAGUCUCUCAAGUGUACUCGUCGAGAAGUUGCCAUUAACGAUGCUCUUGAGAUUGAGAAUGCACAUCUUGCGAAAGAAGUUCGUGCAGACGAUAAUUUGUGUAGCUCAUCUGGUGAGGAGGAUUCUAAAAGGUGUGUUUCUGGCGAAGACGAUGAGGAUUCGGGGUUGGCUGAUUCAGGAGAGGCUGAAGUUGAAUUGGAUUUAGCGCCAGAGCAAUUGCAAUCCAGUAUGUCUUCACAAGAACUGAAUAACGGUGGAGCUUUGAAAGUGCAGCCGAAGAGAAGACGAACUCCAAAUGACUCGGAAGAUGAUGGGACUGAAGGAAUCAAGCGAAUGAGAGGGCUUGAGGAUAUUGGGAAAGAACAUGUGGGUGCUGUUCUUGAGCAUAAGCAAGAAGUGGGUCUGAUCUAUCAUGUAAACAACAAUGAUUUAAUGUCGAAUGGAAAUAAUCUCGUCAACGGGAACAAAGUAUGCUCCCCGUCGUCACUAAAAAGAAAAAGGUCACAAGGUACGAUUGUGAAUGAAUGCUCUAGAAGGAAAAACCGACGCCGAACAUUGACAAAGGUGUUAGAGAGUACAGCUAUGGUCUCUGUCCCUGUUACUUCCGAUUGUCAAGGGAUUUAUGAAGGCAAAGUAUUGGGAAUGGAGUCUGUUGAAUCCAUGAAAAGUGUAUCUGUUGUAAUCAACAAUAUCUCAGACAGCACUGGGAUUACAUGUGAGAAUGCGUCUGAAAAUGUUGUCGGAGCUUUCCAUAACAACAAGGCAAAAGACAGUGAGAUUUCCAGCAUAUCAGUUUCGGCGGAGGAUGAUUCAUCUGACCAAUUAUAUGAUGUUCCACUAACUGGAGAUGAAAAACACUCUGCAGGUUUUUCGACAGCUUGUGGAAUUUCGUCAUCAAGGGCAGUUCUUGUUUCUGAUCUGACAAGGAGGCGUGGUCAGAGUAGUCAAGAUGUGUUUGUUAAGACAGAGGGAAGUAACGUAUUUGCAUGUACAAAUCCACCAGCUACACAACUUGUCAAUUGUAAUUUGAACGGGGUUGAGAAGAGCACUUCUAAGUGGCAGCUAAAAGGAAAGAGGAACUCAAGGCAGAUGAGUAAGAAACAAGAAGCGAAUAGAAAUGUGUACGGGGAAGAAGCUACUAACAACAACAAUUCUCUGCCUCCUGUGCUCUACGAGGUGAAGAUUGAGGUAAAAGCAAACUAUAACAAACCCCGUAAUGUUCCGCUGGUUUCUCGUAUGAGUGAAUUGAAUGGUAAAGCUAUUGUUGGGCAUCCUUUAACUGUUGAAUCCUUGGAAGAAGGCUAUUGCAACGGUAUGGUUAUGCCUCAAGCUGUUGUGAAGGCGAAGUCAUUGUCCAAAAAGAAAGGAAAGAAGAGGAAAUCACAUGGUGCUUUAUGGAAGUCAAAGAAGAAGAAAUCGUCUUCCUUAUCCGUAAAGACAAGGCGGCUCUCUUCUUUAACGAGCCAGAAGCAUACGGAAAGAGGCAAGAAGCAGAUAACAACAGAAAAGGUGAAGGAAACGGUUGUAGCUUGUAUACCAUUGAAAGUAGUCUUCAGUAGGAUAAACCAAGUGUUAAAAGGCUCAGCAAGACAAACGCAACACCGAGCAUUGCCAUCUCCAGCCAAAGCAUGA